AUGGAUUCAAACACCACUCAAUUAUUAGGAGCUCCUUCCCCUCCUUCUUCCUCGUCUUCCACCAAUUCAUGGACACACGAUGUCUUUCUCAGCUUUAGAGGUGAGGACACGCGCUACAACUUCACAGAUCAUCUACACAAAAAUUUGGUCCAGAAAGGCAUCAGAACCUUCAUAGAUGAUGAGCUCCCAAGAGGAGAAGAAAUAUCACAAGCACUUCUUGAUGCAAUUGAAGGAUCAAGGUGUUCCAUCGUCGUAUUCUCUGAAAACUAUGCAUCCUCGAAGUGGUGCUUAGAUGAACUUGUUCAUAUCAUUCAGUGUGGAAAAUCAAAGCAACAGAUGGUUUGGCCAGUUUUCUACAAAGUGGAUCCCUCAGAUGUAAGGAACCAAAGAGGUAGUUAUGGUGAGGCACUUAAUAACCAUGAACGCAAAUUCAAAGAAGAGAAACUUACUAACCAUGAUGAAAGUAAAUUCGAGGACAAUAUGAAGAAGGUGCUGAGAUGGAAGGAAACCCUUACAGAAGCUGCAAAUUUGUCUGGGUCGCAUUACUUAGAAAGCCGUGAAACUGAAUUUAUUCAGAACAUUGUCAACGAGAUUUCCUUACAAGUAUUAAAUGAUACCCAUAUCAAUGUGGCAAAAUACCAAGUUGGAAUAGAGGCACGUGUACGAGAUAUUCAUAAAGCUUUAGAUGUUGACGGAAAUGAUGUUCGCAUGGUAGGAAUAUGGGGGAGUGGUGGAAUAGGAAAGACAACUGUUGCUAAAGCCGUUUAUAACUCACUGGCCCAUGUGUUUGAAGGGAGUUGUUUUCUGGAAAAUGUAAGAGAAAGAUCAAUACCAUACGGAGGCCUAGCCGACCUACAAAAUCUUCUUCUUUAUGAGAUUCUAAGGGGAAAGGAAAUAAAGGUUACCAGUGCCGAUAAAGGAAUCAAUGUGAUAAAGGAAAGGUUGAGUCGUAAAAAGGUCCUCGUAAUUGUAGAUGAUGUGGAUCAUUUGGACCAGUUAAACAACUUAGUUGGAGGUUGUGAUUGGUUUGGUUUGGGCAGUAGAAUUAUCAUAACGACUAGAGAUAAGCAUUUGCUAACUUCUCAUCAAGUUAGUAUAAUAUACAAGGCCAAUAAAUUAAACUUUGGUGAAUCUCUUGAUCUUUUCAUUAGUUGGAAUGGUGGGAGAAGUAAAAAUUUGGAUGAUGAUUAUGUGAAAGCUGCAGAAACUGUGGUGAAGCAUGCUCAAGGUCUUCCUUUAGCUCUCAAGGUUUUAGGUUCUCAUCUAUGUGGUAGAAGUAUAGAUGAGUGGCAUGAUGCAUUGGAUGGGAAUCUGCACUCGGACAUUAAAAAAACUCUCAAAAUAAGCUAUGAUGCAUUGGAAUAUUCGGUUCAAGAAGUUUUCCUUGACAUAGCAUGUUUCUUUAAAGGUAGAAAGGUGUACGAUGUGAUACCGACCCUGGAAGGUUGUGACCUCAAGCCUAAGUAUGCUAUUAAAGUACUCGUAGACAAGGCCCUCAUAAAUAUUGAACAAGGCACAAUUGGGAUGCAUGACUUGCUUGAAGAAUUGGGUAGAGGAAUAGUUUAUCAAGAGUCGCCAAAUGAGCCUGGUGAACGUAGCAGAUUGUGGUUUCACGAGGAUGUUUAUCGUGUUCUAAUAGAAGGAACAGGAACAAACAAUAUUAAAGGCAUCAUAGCAAAGUUUCCGACACCAGAUGACAUAUGCUUGAGUGAUGACAGCUUCUCAAAGAUGAAAAACCUUCGACUUUUCAUCAAUGUGAAUGCACGAUUUUAUGGCGAUCACAUGGAUUAUCUAUCUAAUGAGUUGAGGUUUCUUCAUUGGCCUGGUUGUCCUUUUGAAACUUUACCAUCUACUUUCAAUCCAAGGAAACUUGUUGAACUUCAUAUGCCUCGUAGCCGCUUGUCACAACUUGGGGAGGGAUUCAAGCGUUUGCAAAAUUUGACGUCCAUGAAUUUUGAGAGCUGUAAGUUCCUAACAAAAACCCCAAAUAUCUCUGGAAUUCCAAACUUACAGUCCUUGAAUCUAGACUUCUGCACAAGUUUAGUUGAGGUUCAUCCUUCUGUUGGAUUUCAUGAUAAGCUUGUGGACUUGAGGUUUGAGAGUUGCCAUAACCUCACACUAUUUCCAAUAAUCAAGUCAAAAUCUCUAGAAGUUCUCAAUCUUGAAGAUUGCAGAAGACUAGAGACUUUCCCUGAAAUUGGGGGAAAGAUGGAUUCCUUACGUCACGUGUUUCUACGUGGAAGUCGAAAGCUUGUUACAUUUCCAAAUAAAGUGAAGUCUGAAGUUUUGGGGAGUGCAGUAUCACAUCCUUUAGCGCUUCCCAGUCUUGAGGAAUUCAUUUUGGAAGGGAGCAAUUUAUCAGAAUUUAAUUUCCUCUGGACUCUUGAUUGUGUGUCUACAUUGAGCAUGCUUGAUCUAACACGAUGUGAUUUCCUUGUAAGUAUUCCCGAAAGCAUUACGAAAUUUCUCAAUUUGCGGGAUCUUUACUUGCAUGGCUGCAAGAGGCUUCGAGAUAUUCCGGAACUUCCACCAAAAAUAGUAAAGUUAGAGGCAAGUGAUUGCGUAUCAUUGGAAAGGUUUUCAUCAUUGUCCAACAUUCUGAAAGGUAAAAAAGACUCACAAAUGAUUGAGUUGGUGGACUUGUGUAAUUGCCAGAGACUGUGCGACAAUCUGGCUCGUGACCUCACGAAGAAGCAAAACAUUUUAGCAAAGGAGCAGAUCACUCUCUUCUUUGAUCACCUUCUGUCUUCACGGAAACAUGGAUUUCAGGUUGUAUUUCCAGCAAGUUUUGAAGCUCUCUCGACGUUGUUCAGGUGUCAUAAGGAUGUGAAGGAGCAUGAUGAAUCAUGUGAACUUUUGAUUGAAAUGCCCCCAAACUUCAAAUGCCAGAACCAAGGAUUGGCUCUAUACGCUGCUCUUGAAAACCCGCAAAAUGAAAGACGACGUUACAAUGGUUUUCUAACAAAAAUUUCCGUCAAUCAACCAGGAGUGGUACCUCAUUUUAUUCAGUUCGAUUACCAUUUCAGAAAGAUAGGGUCAGGUCAUGUGUGGCUGUGCUAUAUUCGAUUCAGAGAAAUGUUUUACCGGGAUGAUCAGAUUACCUGGCCUCAGUCGCCUUUUGCGUGUCGAGUUAAUUUUCUGAAAUUGACACUAGAUUCGCAGCGUUUUAAAAGCUUUGGGAUCCACCUGGUAAUGACACAGGAUGAUGAAGACCUGUCUAUAUUUACGGAAGAUGGUGAGUCUGAAUCCAAUGACUUGGAAGAUGCUAAUGAGAGGUUUGAUGGAGAUAAUUGUAUUGAUCUAUGUGAAGAUGAGCAAGACUCGGAACGUGACUACUUCAGCUGUGAAGAUAAUGAAGAUGGCUACUUUUACUGA